CUGUCACGGCCUCUUAUCUACUGUAGGUCCAUGUUGAGAUACUUGUGGGCUGUCGUGGCGGUGAACGUUACGCCGGGGAAAUCGGCGAGGCCCCGCAGGCGGCGCACGAACGCUGCGUACUUCUCCGACUGGCGGUGGUCCAACACGCGGUUCAGGUCAGCAAGUGACCUGACAUGGCAGCGCGACUCCGCCUCGCCGGCAAUCCGCACCUAAGGGGAAGACACACAAAGACAGCGACGAAUGAAUGAAUGACCGCACUGCACUGCACCCAUCCCAAUGGCAUCCAAUCCGUCUCACUCCCUAUGCUAUAUACAUACCUCAGCAUCAAAGCCGUCAUCGGCCGGCAGAAUGUCGGUCGAUGUCACCACGAUGAAGGGGUCCACGCAGAGGACGAAGUAGAGGGUGGGCGGCCGCUGCGGCGGGGUGUUGGGCUCCUGGAUGCCGCAUCGGUAAAUGGCCGCCAGCCCGCCACCCAAUCCCCCCGCCCACCCACACACCCACUCCCGGCAGGCCUCCACAUCUGCCGCCGUCCCCUGCGCGGUGCGGCGCACAGCGUACCUAAAGAUGGGGCGCCUUUUGUGCCGAUGGAUCUCGUUGAUGAGUGCGGCGUGGGACAGCUGCAGGGGGAUGGGCUGCUGAUGGUACGAGAUGGUGAGGCGCGGGUCGAUCUGCUGGCUGGCGGGCUGGUUGUUGGCGCCUGGCGCCAGCCGGAUGCUGCAGUGAUGCAGACGGCCAUGGGCGGCAAAGGUGAUCUCAUCGAUGGUGGGCUCGGCACCAGGAUUUGCCGGGGCGUUCCUCACGAUGGAGUCCAGCGGCGCGGCCAUGCCGGCCAGCGCGAGCAGCUCGUGCUCCACCAGGGCCAGCGGCAUGGCCAGGAGCUGGCUCUCGGUAUCUUUCUUGAACAACUUAUUCUGCAGACAGAUAGACGCACACGCACAGCCAGGCAGAGCACACCGAGGGCAUGUACCUCGCGUCAGCCACGCUCAAACAGUCCUUCCCCCGCUCCCUCCCUCCCUCUCUCCCUCUCUGCUGUGCUGUGCUGUGCUGUGCUGUGCUGUGCAGACGUGUGCACAUACCAGGUGAUUGUGUUCGAUGGUGAUGAUCUUUCCGUGGAAGUGCAGCGACUUGAGGAGGCCCCACUUGCCCCAGUGCGUCUGCACGUUGGCCGGCAAGGCCCGGACGGAGUGAAGCUUCUCCAGAAUGAUGACCAUCUUGAGCCACCGGUCGGGCGUGAGGCGGGAGGCAUUGCCAGGCAUUGCCAGGGGAAUGCGCACCCUGAUGUGGUGCCGCCACAGCCAAAUGCAGCACUGCUUGUCUGCUGGGAUGGUGUGUGCCGGGCCCUCGCCGUAGAGCUUGACCCUGUCCCUCCAGAUGUGCUGCCACAGCGGGUCUGCAGCAGCGAGGGAAACACCCACGCCCACACACACAUCAAGAAUGAAUGCAUCAAUCGGCACACAGAGAUGCAAGGCGGCAUCACAUGGGCAGGCAGCGAGGCGUACCCUUCAUGGCGUCGUAGAGGGUGCCCAGCAUCGCUAAGGGCCACACGAGUCGCGACAGCCAAAUGCUGUCCAUCAGCAAAUCUUGUGGGUGUGCAGCAGCGGCAGCGACCUGACCAUGGCCACCCUCCUCGUCGUGCUGACCCUCCUCGUCGUGCUGGUCCCCGGGCUCCUGGUGGUCAGCCUGCUGCUCCCCCUCCAUCAGCUCAGCCUGCAAACAAUACAAUAAAUGAGGCGCAUGCACGUCCGACGCACCACAUGCAGAGAGGCAUUGCACUGAGGUGGUCAUCAUGAUGCAUCUCAUGAAUGCCUGGCUGUUUGUGCCAGCUGGCUGAUGCAUCCAUGGUGAUGCAUUCGCUGCCUGCAAUGCAUUCGCUCUCACCGCUGCCGCCGAAUUCAGAACGCGCUACGUGUACGAUUGUCGUCUGUGGUGCUGAAGAAACAGUCUUCUCUGGUGCUGAAUACGAGCCACAAUCAGCCCGGGAGAGAAGAGACCUUCUGCAGACGAGCAGUUUCACGGAAUGAG